AUGCAUUGUUUUGGUGAGAGGAAGAUGAUAAUAUGGAGCUUGUGUUUAAUCUUGAUACUUGUGUUUGGUUCUUCUCAUGCUAAGCACUUGUGUCAUCCCGACCAGAGGGAAGCUUUGUGGGAGUUCAAGAGUGAGUUCUACGUCCAAAAACCCGACGAGAUGAAGUCUAAUACGACGACAGAGAUGUGGAGGCACAACACUGAUUGUUGUUCUUGGGAUGGUAUCUCUUGUAAUCCUAAGACCGGUAAGGUGGUUGAGUUAGCCCUCGGGGACAGUUAUCUCAAUGGUCCGUUGAGAUCAAACAGUAGCUUGUUUAGACUACAACAUCUUCGUGGUCUUUAUCUUAGCUACAACAAUAUUUCUAGUGUUCUACCAGAUUCCAUCGGCAAGCUCAAAUAUUUGAGGGUUUUAAGUCUUGGUGAUUGCAAUUUCUUUGGAAAGAUUCCUUCUUCAAUUGGUAAUCUUUCUCAUUUGACUUCUCUUGAUCUUUCUAGUAAUGGUUUCACCGGUGAGUUACCUGAUUCGAUGGGGAGCCUAAACCGGCUUACAAAUUUGGAACUUGUAUCGAACAAACUCGGUGGAAAGUUUCCUCAUGCGCUGCUUAACUUGAGCGAGAUCACUAUGCUCGACCUACGUGAUAACCAGUUUGAAGGUAUAGGCCUAGUCAGUUUCAACAUUUUCUUGAAUCUCAAGUCACUUACGUUUCUUGACAUCUCUUACCUUAAUACAAGAAGCAUAGUUGAUAUAGGUAUUUUCUCAGGUCUUAUGUCACUUAGUCAUUUGGAUCUUUCAGGGAUUAAUUCGAAGAUCAGUUCAACUCUCCAUCUUCCCUCAUCCAUGUUCACAUUGAUUCUAUCAUCUUGCAAUAUUUCUGAGUUUCCCAAGUUUAUACAAAACCAAACCAGUUUGAGAUAUUUAGACAUCUCUGCUAAUCAAAUUGAAGGCCAAGUACCAGAGUGGUUAUGGGGAUUGCCAGGGCUGCGGUAUGUUAACAUUUCUCAGAAUCUUUUCAAUGAUCUUCCCUUGUUACCAAACUCUACAAUGUUCUUUUCAGGCUCUGAUAAUCAGUUUUCAGGAGAGAUACCUAGAGCAAUAUGCAAAUUGGUUGCUUUAGACACACUUGUUUUGUCCAACAACAACCUCAACGGUUCUAUUCCUCGAUGUUUCAAGAAUUUCAGAACUACCCUUUCGGUCUUGCAUCUACGGAAUAACAGCUUAUCCGGUAUUUUUCCAGAUGAAUCUAUCGGCGAUAAAUUGAGAUCACUCGAUGUUGGUCACAACCGGUUAUCAGGAGAACUUCCCAUGUCUCUGAUCAAUUGCACUGAACUCGAGUUUCUAAACGUGGAAGACAACAUAAUCAAUGACAAGUUCCCAUCAUGGUUGAGUUUAUUACCCAAUCUACAGAUUCUUGUCCUUCGUUCUAACGAGUUCUAUGGGCCAAUAUCUUCUCUUGGGGACUCUUUGAGUUUUCCCAAGCUUCGAAUAUUUGACAUUUCAGAUAAUCGCUUCACUGGAGUCUUGCCAUCAGAUUACUUUUCGGGUUGGACAGCAAUAUCAUAUGUGGUGGACAUUGAAGAUCGUACACCACUAAGGUAUGCAGGACGUGGAUCAGGAUACUAUCAUAAAUCGGUUGGUAUGACGAAUAAAGGUUCGAAGAUGGAGCUAGUUGGGAGUGGUUUCACAAUCUACAAAACCAUUGAUGUAUCAAGAAAUAGAUUUGAAGGAAACAUUCCAGAAUCCAUCAGUGUACUCAAGGAACUGAUUGUGCUGAACAUGUCAAACAACGCUUUCACAGGCCAUAUACCAACAUCUCUAUCAAACUUGACCAAUCUCCAAUCAUUGGAUCUAUCUCAAAACAGAUUAACCGGAGAAAUCCCACCAGACCUCGGGAAACUCACGUUUUUAGCGUGGAUGAACUUCUCUUACAACAAGCUUGAAGGUCCAAUACCACAUGGCACUCAGUUUCAAAGUCAGAACAGUUCUUCAUUCGUAGAGAAUACCGCGCUAUGCGGUCUUCCUCUAAAAAUAAGAUGCGGUGGAGAAGAAACAACAAAGCAAGAACAAGAUGAGGAAAAGGAAGAAGAAGAAGAACAAGUUUUUAGCUGGAUCGCAGCUGCAAUAGGCUAUGUGCCGGGUGUUGUGUGUGGACUCACCAUCGCCCACAUUCUUACUUCAUAUAAACGUGACUGGUUCAUGAAUACAGUUCAUUAUUUUACUUAACUAAAGCAUCGCUUAUUUAUUUAUAAAAAAAAAUACACACUUGUUUGCAA